AUGGAUGCAAAGAGUGUCAGGAAGAAGACUCAACAGGAAAUGACCUGCCCUGUCUGCCUCCGUUACUUUAAUCUUCCAAUGACCCUGGAGUGCGGGCACACCUUCUGCGAAACCUGCAUCCGUAGAAGCUGGGCGGAGAAAGAAGUGUGCCCCUGUUGCAGGACCGUCAUCAAAAACACCUUCCAUCCCUGCUAUUCUCUCUCAAACCUGAUUGAAAUAUUCAACGACUGGGAAGUGUCCGCAGGGAGAGAGACGCUGGCCUGGGCAGCUGAAUGCGAGCGGCAUAAGCAGCCCCUGGACCUCUUCUGCAGGGAUGAUCAUGCUCCCCUCUGCGUGGAGUGCCACGGUUCCCAAGAGCACGGAGGUCACAGCGUGGUCCGGGUGGAAGAAGCCGCCCAAGAGUACAAGGAUCAGAUCACCAGCUACCUGGAGAUUCUGCAGAAGGAGAAAGCGAAAAAUACUGCAUAUAAAGUAGACACGGAGAAUAAAAAACAAGUUGCGUUGAAAAAAAUGAAAUGUCAGAGGAAAGCAGUAAAGGAUGGAUUUGAUAAACUGUGUGAGUAUCUGCAUCACGAAAAUGAACCUCUGGUUGAGAUGGACCUGCUGGAGGAGGAGCUUUUAGGAAACGGAGAACUGCACCAGGCCAAACUCUCUGAAGACUACAACUCCCUUGGAAGAAUGAUCCGGGAGAUGGAGGAGAAGCGUGAGCAGCCAGCGAGGGAACUCCUGCAGGAUGUUAGCAGCACUUUGCAGAGGUACGAGGAGAGAAAGUCAUUGGAGACUCCUGGACCUUGUCCUGUAGCGCUGUCAUGGAAACUCAUCGAAUACUUUGACAGAAGCCUGUUCCUCCAAAGUGCAAUAGAGCAGUUUAAAGCCAAAGUAACCCUGGACCCAGACACGGCUCAUCCCAUCCUCAUUCUGUCAGAAGAUUACCGGAGUGUGAGAUUGGGAGACAAAUGUCAAGAUGUGCCCGACAAUCCAGAGCGAUUCAAGGAACGGGCCGUUGUGCUGGGGCACAAGGGAUUUACAUCAGGCCGACACAGCUGGGAGGUCAUCGUGGGUGAUGCGGAACGCUGGGCUGUGGGCGUUGCCAGAAAGUCUUUACAGAGAAAGGCCUAUUUCAACAUUAGUCUGGAAGAAGGCGUCUGGGCUAUGGAAAGGAAGAGAGAGGACCACGGAGGUGUCACCCACCCUAGUCCUCCCAUGAGUGGGGAGCUCAAGAGGGUCCGAGUAGUUCUGAACUAUCAGGCGCAAAAAAUCAUAAUUUAUGAUGCCGACAGAGCAACCCAACUCUAUGCUGUCUCGGAUGCCUCAUUCUCUGGAGAGCCCCUCGUCCCAUUCUUUUUCCUGGGGGGCACAGGUCACCUGACCCUCUCCUCCUAA